GUCCGGAGGUUGGUUGAUGUCUGAAGCAUCGGACGUCAUUAACCACAUGGUAUUGUUUCUUUGAAACGAGCAUCCGUACGUGGUGUCGAGUCGGUAGCUAGGGCUCAGAAAACUGUUUCCGACCGUUGGUGUCAAUCGUACCAUGACUAGAUGGAAUACCAGAUGUAAAACUAGAAUGUUGCUGUAAGGGGGACAAUGUGUUAGCUCCGCACCCAUUAAUAAGUUCGACUGUUUACAAAACAUUACCUAUAGCUACUGCAUUCGACUCGCAUAAAUGAACAACUCUCCUAGCUAUAGCCUUCUCGCUGUCGUGAAGCUACCCACAGCCUCCUAUUUACCAUGGGAUGUAGCUGCCGUUAGCCUGCUAGCUAAAAGCGCUCAUCAAAUUGCCUGCUAAUGAGUUAGAUAGGAAACAUAUAUACCGUCCGCGAUUAUGAGUUUCUCUGAAGAGGAUGUUACGAGUGUUUUGGGAGUGAAAGAAGAGAGUGAGGAGGAAGAAAUGAUUGUCACAGUGAAAGAAGAGGAACACGAAGUGUUUUUUAUUAAAUAUGAAGAGGAGAGUGUCGCAAAAUUCAAAGAAAGUGAUGUUCCAGUGAAAGAAGAGGAAGGCGAUUUACCAGUGAAUCGAGAGGAUGUAACAGCGAAAGAGGAGGAUAUACUUGUCACAGUGAAAGGAGAGAAAAACGCGUUCUUGAAGGACAGUGAUGUUUUUGGAUUGAAAGUGGAGAGUGAAGAAGAAAAUAUGGAAACAAUGCUUGUCACAGUGGAAGACAAACAUGAGGGGAAUAUGGAAGAGAUUGAAGAUCUAAUUCACACUAGCACAACACAGAGCUUUGGACCCCAAACUAGAACACCAGCAGCAUCUCGGGGAGAAGCGGCCAGGAGACCAGCAGUGUUUCAGGGAGCCUCUCUACCUAACAAACCUGCUAUAGCUACAAUACUGACUGUCUCUUUCCAGGAGGGUCAGAGUGAAGUGACCCCCAGCACCAGUGGAGGGGAGGCAGGGAGUUCCACACAGGGAGGGGGGACAGACACCCCCGCAGUCACACAGGGAGGGGCUCCCUUGUUGCACCCCAAGUUAACCUCAGAUGUGAACACUGGAUGUUUCCAGUUGCAGAUCCAGUCCUGUUCCAGGUGUCCAUCCUCCUCCACAUCUCAGCUGAACUUCCAUAAUCACAUGAAGAGAUGUCACCAUGAAGAGUACACCAGACUGCUGAGGAGUGGGGAGAUCAGAGCAGGAAGUCCCUUGUUCUCCAGCAGCUCCCAUGAAAGUACCUCAGGUUCCUCCAACUCACCUCCCACUCUAAAACAGUGUGAAACGGAAAAUACAAGACCUCACCACUGCUCUCAGUGUGGGAAGAGCUUUACGAGAAUGGAUCAUCUCAGAAUUCACCAACGCACUCACACAGGAGAAAAGCAGUAUCACUGUUCCCAGUGUGGGAAGACCUUCUCUCAAGAGUGUAAUCUCAGAAGGCACCAGUUCACUCAUGCCGAAGAGAAGCCGUAUUGCUGUUCUCAGUGUGGGAUGAAUUUUAAUCAUCCUGGACGCUUAAAGAUACACCAGCGCGUUCACACAGGAGAGAAGCCGUACCAUUGCUCCUAUUGUGGGAAGAACUUUAGUCAUUCUGGAGAUUUAACGAUACACAGGCGCAUUCACUCCGGAGAGAAACCAUAUCACUGCUCUCAUUGUGGAAAGAGUUUUGGACAUUCAGGUGAUUUAAAAAAGCACAUGCGUGUUCACACAGGAGAGAAACCAUACCACUGCCCCCAGUGUGGAAAGAGCUUCAGCCAGCUAAAGCAUCUCACAGGACACCAGCGCAUACACACAGGAGAGAAGCCUUACUACUGCCCCCAGUGCGGGAAGACUUUCAGACAUGAGAGUAUUCUCAAAACACACCAGCGCAUUCACACAGGAGAGAAGCCAUUUAACUGCUCCCUGUGUGGGAAAACUUUUAGUCAUAAAAGUAAUGUCAUAACACACCAGCGCAUUCACACCGGAGAGAAGCCAUAUCAAUGCUCCCACUGUGGGAAGAGUUUUAUUACGGAGGCUAAUCUCAGAACUCACCAACGCAUACACACGGGGGAAAAGCCGUUUCACUGCUCCCAGUGUGGGAAGACUUUCAGUCAGAUACAGCACCUAACCAAACACCGACGCACUCAUGCUGGUGAGAAGCUGUACCACUGCGCUAAGUGUAGGAAGUCUUUCAGUCAUUUAAACAGGCUGAAGACUCACCAAUGUUCUUAAGAGUAAAGAAAUAGACCUGUACAAUUUACUUUUAAUUGGGAUAGUAACAUGAUAAUGAUAUAACAUAUGUUUUCUUUUAUUCAGAAAUUGAUGUUAUAUAGCAGUGAACAUAAAGCAAAUUACAUUUUACAUAAGCAUGUGUAAUACCCAUGCUUUAAUGCCAUAUGUUGCAAACACUAUUAUUGGGACACAUAGAGAGAUCGUCAUUGACAUCAACCACAUGCCCAGCAUCAGCACUGUUCAACCUCUCUAGAAUACCACACUGUUAAACAGAUUCAUCUGGGGGAAUGACUUUGAUAGAAAGGGUAUCCCAUCACAAACUCUUGGGGCCACAUGACAAAUUGAAUACACUUGGCUGCAACAGUG